AUAAGUUAUUGUGUUCAAUAUAAUUUCUUGCAACACCAGAUAAAAUUUUGUUCAUUUUAUGUGAAUAACUCAGAAAUGGAUGAAAAUAAAUACAAAAGAAAGACUGCAAGAGUUUCUAAAAUUACACUUAUACAUCCAAAUAGCUCUGUAUCUGUUACUUUAUUAGAGGCAGCAGAAAAGCUUGCUAAACGGCGACACCUUGAAUUAAUAGAAGUGUCAGAUAGUAAUCAUAAAAGUGAUAGAAGUGUUUACAAACUUAUAAAUCCCAUUGAAUAUAAAGACCAAGAUGAUGAUAAAAAAACAAAAGUAAAUGAAAGUAACACAAAGUGGAAGACCACUAAGCUGUUCAAUUUCAAAUGUAACAUUAAUGAUCAUGAUUUAGAUAUAAAGAUAAGAAAUAUUAACAAAGCAUUAAGAAAAAAACAUAUGGUUAAAAUUAUUCUUAUUCAUCCUGAUGGAAACGAGCAUAUUUGUUGUUCUCACUGAGAAAAUGAAUCUGAAUCAU